AAAUGGAAUAAAACAAAUCCAUUGCAACGUCGAUGUGAAAAAAGUCGCUAGACGACAGCUAAUCAAUAUGUGAUUUUCAGAAGUGAAAAAGUGUUAGAAUGGUUUUCGCGAAAAAUACAUCGAUUUAUAAUUUAAUGUUAAUUAACUACAGACUGAGAGGAAUGGGAAGAAAUUAAAUCUUCGUUUCUUCGAAAAUUCGCACAAAUCUUUUUUCUAUCAAUUUUAUCUACGUUGUAACAAACAUAAAUAUAUAUACAAAUAUUUUUAAACCAAAAAAAAAAAAAAUAAAAUAUAAACAUCAAACACAAAAUUAAAAACGCGUCAGAUUUGGAGUUAUAUAAAGAAGAAAAGAUAAGAACCAGAAACGAGAACAAAAGGAGCAGAGGACAAAAAAAAUCCGGAAGCACGUAUCAUCACAUCAUCUUAGGAAAAUAAAUAUACAUACUUUUAUACAUACAUCCUAAAUUAACACUACUGCACAAAAAUAUGGCCUGCGUUUGUGAAAUGAUAGGGCUUGCCUGCUUAGUGGCGCUCUUCAUGAGUUUUUCAAAUAAAGCACCAUAUCAAUUAAAAAUGGCCAUAUUUCUAAUUGGUAAUGGUAUUAUCGUACUUAUUUGUAUACCAUUUAUGAUUUUGAGGCCCCGAGAUUAUAGAAAUGCAUUUGGACCAGCUUGGGGAUGCAGGCAGCUAUGCAAGGCUUUGGGUGUAACGAUGGAAAUAAGAGGUUUGGAAAAUAUUCGCAAAGAGCAUGGCAGUGUAGUAUUAAUGAAUCAUCAAAGUGCUUUGGACUUGUGUGUUCUUGCUUAUCUUUGGCCUGUUAUUGGCCGAGCCACAGUCGUUUCGAAAAAGGAGGUUUUGUAUCUUCCAUUCUUUGGGUUUGGAUCCUGGUUGUGGGGUACUCUCUUUAUAAACAGAUCUCGCAAAACCGAUUCCAUCAAUGCCUUACAAAAGGAAUCGAAAGCCAUCAACGAAAGAAACUGUAAACUUUUGCUAUUCCCCGAGGGAACUCGUAAUUCUAAGGAAACCUUGCUGCCUUUCAAAAAAGGAUCAUUUCAUAUUGCACUCCAAAGUCAAUGUCCAAUUCAGCCAGUAGUCAUCUCCAAAUACUGGUUCUUAAACGGCGAAAAGAAAAUCUUCCGACCAGGCCAUGCCAUUAUCCAUAUUCUGCCCGAAAUUCCUACGGCUGGAUCCAAGAAAGAAGACAUGGAUACAAUAAUAGAAAAAACGCACAACGUCAUGCAAGCCGAGUACACAAAACUCAGUCAAGAGGCAAAAGCUCUCAACACAAAGAAACACGUUUAGCCUGUUUGUAUUUCGGAACGCUUAAAUGUGCUCUAUAGUUGUAUCUCAGGUAUUGCACGAUAUGGUAUAUGGUAUAUGGUAUGGUACAUUUCGAUAUUUACAAAAACAGGCAUUAUGGCGGAAAUUAGGUUUUUGAAAAUAAAUUUAGUAUUCAUUUGGACUUAUUCCUACAGCUUGAAGAUCAAAAUGAGAAGACAACUGAAACCCAACAUCUUGUGUGUAGAAACAUUAUUUUCUUAUUAGAUUAUUACUUAGGUAUUGUACUUUCUAAAUGUAUGAAAUUUACAUAAACAAUAUAUAGUCAAAUUAACAAAUUGUAUAAGAAUGCAACAAAAAAAUGAAAUUAAAAUAAAAAAAUGUGUUAAAAUACAACAACAA